AUGUCAUCAACAGCAAUCCACCCCUCCCGCCUCUCCCAAAUCCCCCGCCCGAAAACAAAAAAACCCAACCGUCCAAAACCCCCAAAACCCCAACCGGCCUCAACAUCCCUCACCCGUUCCCAACUUCGCAAGAAAAUCCGCGACCUAACCCGUCUCCUAAACCCUCCAUCCUCAGCAACCACAAAACUCCCCGCCACCACCCGUAUAGACCACGAACGUGCCCUCUCAGCCUACAAACACGAACUCUCCCUCCAACAAACCUCCUCCAAAGUCCAACUCCUCGAGAAAAGAUACCAUAAAGUCCGUUUCUUCGAGCGUAGGAAAGCUACCAGAGCUUUGAGUCGGUUGAAUCGCGAAUUCAAUGCCUUAGAUAAUAAUAAUAAUAAUACUUCUUCGGCAGACGAAGAAUCGAAAAAGGAAAAGGAGGGGUUAAUCAAGAAAAUCCAUGCUGCGGAGGUCGACUUGAACUACAUCAUGCACUACCCACCUCUGGAAAAAUACAUUUCUUUAUAUAGGUCCGGGGAUAGUAAAGAUACAAACCAGAAGAGGGUGCGUAUACGACAAGACAUCGAGAAGAGGAUGGAAGAAGGGACUCUGGAUAGAGGCGAUGCAUUGGUGGAAGCCAAUGCCGCAGAAGGGUUUGGCGGUGGAGUCGACGUGAAGAAUAAGAAGAAAAAUAACGGCAGCAAUAACAACAACAACAAGAAGCAGGGUCAUGAUGGGAAUAAGAAUGGGAAGAGCAUAUCUGAUAAAAACGAGGAUGAGGAUGAGGAUGAAGGUAGUGAUGGCGGGUUCUUUGAAUUAUGA